AAAAAAGGGCAGAAAGGGAGAGCUGAGGAGGAGAAGUCCCCUUCAGGCAUCCGAACAAGUCUGGACUGUUCUGCUGCGGCUUAUGUUCAACCUUCGCCAAGCAAGGCAGCCCCGGGAAUCAGAAACAGCGUUUACAGCUUUGACAGUCUCCUGCAGGGAUGCAGCGACACGAGUUCAGUUUCUGAGCUGCCUUGGAGUUGCCUGGGGCUUUUUGAAGUUGUGACACCGGACACCGGACACCGGGGACUGCGCACAUACUACUGUGUGGCCAGACACUGCAACGGAGAGCUAGGGCUGGAUGUGCCACAGGUGGAAAGGUGGGGAGCGGCAGGAUGCGGCCCGGUGCACGGAGCAGAGAUCCGCAGGUUGUAAAAAUGUGGAGCUGGGUUUUUACUGUGACCAUCCUGCUGUCCUCCAUGAAACAUGCUGAAGCUCAAGGCAGGUGUAAUAAUGUGCAAGCAGCAGAUAUUGUUUUCCUGGUAGAUGGGUCUUCCAGUAUUGGCCGAGCUAACUUCCUGCAGGUGAAGGGCUUCAUGGCUGGAAUCGUCAAACCAUUCGCCAGCUCUGUCAGCGAUUCAGGGAUACGGUUUGGGGCCAUACAGUAUAGUGACACUUCCAGGGUAGAAUUCACCUUAACUACCUACCUGAAUGGCACCGAGCUGGUCAACGCCGUACAAAAUCUUAACUAUAAAGGUGGAAACACACGCACUGGUGCUGGUCUCAAGUUUGUCGCUGAUAACUUCUUCAACCCUGCAACCAGUCGGGAUGUCCCAAAGAUCACUAUACUGAUCACAGAUGGCAAGUCACAGGACAUUGUGCAAGAACCAGCACAGAAGCUGCGCAGUCAAGGAGUGCAUGUUUUUGCCGUUGGCAUAAAGAGUGCAGACAGGAAUGAACUGGCUCAGAUAUCCUCUCAGCCCAGCAGUGAUUUCACCUCCUUUGUUGGGGAUUUCAAACUGCUGAACACACUUCUUCCUCUUGUGAGUCCCCGAGUGUGUUCCAAAGCAGGAGGAGUCUAUGCUAGUGAUGAGGCAUUUUCUGGUCCGUCCAACGUUCAGUUUACAGGGCAGACAUCUGAUUCUCUCAGGUUUCGUUGGAGUCCUGCAGGGGGGCCUGUGAGUGGCUAUGUAGUCCAGUAUGUGCCCCUCUCCGGCCUGGGUCAGCCUAUCACAGCAGAAUUGCGUCAGGAGACUGUCUCUGCUAGUCAGAGGACCUUCACUGCCCGAGAGCUGAGGUCAGGGACAGACUACCUGGUGACUAUCAUCGCUCAAUACCCCAACAGUGUGGGAGAGUCUGCCUCUGCCAAGCAACGAACCAGGUCCUUGCCGGGUGUCUCCAGUCUACGUCUGAUCCAGGCAGGCUUCUUCUCUCUCACUGUGGGCUGGGAUCAGCCUUCAACUCCUGUCCAGGGCUACAGACUCACCUAUGGACUACGAGGUCAGCCAGCGGCACAGCUGUUGGAGCAGUCUCUGUCUGCAGACUCAACAUCCGUCACCUUGGAGUCGCUUCAGCCCGACACAGAGUACGUCAUCAGUCUCUACCCCCUGUUCCCCCGAAACUCUGCGUCCCCGUCCAUCCUCAAUGCCCGCACACUGCGCCUUGAGGCAGUGAAGCAGUUAUCAGUGGAGACGGAGUCAGAGGGCAGUGUUCGUUUGCGAUGGAGAGGCGUCAGUGGUGCUCGGGCCUACCGUCUAGUCUGGGGACCAUUUACAGGUCGAAAUGUCGAGACUGUGGAGGUCGCUGGUGACAGUGAAUUUCACACUUUGUCCAGACUGCAGCCCGACACAGAGUACAUCGUGACUAUCAUCCCGCUGUAUGAGGGCAACACUGAGGGCCCUGUAGCCACUGCCAGGUUCAAGAUAGAGCGUCAGGAGCAGCAGGUCCUCAGAGCAGCUACCACCGGCCCCUCCUCUAUCCGCCUCACCUGGAGAAUCAUUCAGUCCUCUCGAGGGUAUCGUCUGGAGUGGAGGGAGGGGGAAGGAGGCCGUGUCCAGAGCCUGUCCUUUCCUAGAAGCACUACCAGCUACGAGUUAACAGGGCUGCGGCCCAACACAGAAUACAUCAUCACCCUGUAUACCCUGUUUGAGGGUCGUGAGGAGGCCACACCUGUCUCCACCACAUCCAGAGAGGAGCAGCCCGUGGGGAGGGUGUCCAACCUUAGAGUCGUGGAGUCUCUGGGCAGUACUGUCAGACUGGGCUGGACCGGUGUAGCUGGGGCCACUCAGUACCGCAUUAUUAUCCUGAACACAGAAGUGGGAACAGAGGAAAUCCGGACUGUCCCUGGAAACCAAACGACCCUUGACCUCAGAGACCUUACAGUGGGAGUAUCUUAUGGCGUCAGUGUCACAGCACUGGUGGGAGAAAAUGAAGGCGACCCUGUUACCGUCUACAUCAAACCAGAGCAAGGUGCUGGCAGAGUGACCAACCUAAGAGUUACGAACGCAAACAGUCGGAGGAUUCGAAUUGCCUGGACAGGUGUCACUGGGGCAACAGGGUACAGGGUUACUUGGAGACAAAGCAACAAUGCGGAGCAGUCCCGUCUUCUGGGGGCAGAGGCCAUGGCCUUCACCAUAGACGGCCUGCAACCAGAUGAGGCACUAGUAAUUGGUGUUGCAGCUGUUGUUGAUCAGCGCGUCGGAGAGGUGGUCACACUGUCUGCUCGGACUAAUCCCCACAGUGGAUCAGUGUCUGGACUUCGCACCAUUGAUGUCACAUCUCAGAGGAUACGCAUUGCAUGGUCGCUUUCCACGAGGGCAACUGGCUAUAAGAUCACCUGGCGUCGCGAUGAUGGAGUUGAAACAACUCGUAAUGUGGGAGCUGACGUCUCUUCCUUCACCAUUGAUGAACUACAGUCAGAUUCAACUUAUAGCGUGCUAGUUUCUGCACUGACUGGCUCCCGUGAGGGAAGCCCUUCCACCCUGAAUGUCAGAACAGAAUCAGAUCAGUCUGUGGUUGGGACUGUGACAUCACUGCAAGUCCAGGAGACCCGUGGAGAGGUUGUCCGUGUCACUUGGGUUGGUGUGCAGGGAGCAACGGCUUAUCGUGUUUCUUGGAGGAGAACAGAUGGUGGUGAGAAGAGGAGUCAGCUGGUUGGGGGAGAUGUUACAGCAGUGGAUUUAGACCGGCUGGACCCUGGAGCUCAGUACGAGGUGCAGGUCAUGGCUUUAGUUCAAAACAGAGAGGGAACCCCUGUGUCUGUCAGAGUCACCACACCCGGUGCCUAUACCCCCCCUUCCUCACUACCUACCACAAGUUUACGAGUGGCAGAGGUCACCCAGAGUUCUGCGCGGCUAGACUGGAUUUCACUACCAGGUGUCACAGGAUAUAUUCUACGCUGGAGAGAGGACACAGAUAUUGGUCGAGGCUUGUCUGUGUCGCUGCCUGCUUCGUCCAGCUCUUACCAGGUGACUGGGCUGCGUUUGGGCCGUCGAUAUCGCUUUAGUGUGCAGCCCACCUUUGAAAGUGGAUUGGGAACAGAGAGCUCUGUAGAUGAACGCACUGUGUGUAUCGGCGGCCGUCUGGAUGUGGUGUUUCUGGUGCCGGCAUCUACCGAUCGGAUUAGCCUUGCAAGACCUCUGCGAGAACUCGUAACAAGUGCAGCGGGGUCACUCAACACCAUUGGAGCCCGUGACUCACAGGUGGGAGUUGUAGUAUACGGUUACAGACCCAAAAUAUGGUUCCUGCUCAAUCGCCAUGCCAGAUCUGACACACUGCUCCAAGAGAUCCAGUCCACACCCUUUGAUGAAAGCCCAGGGAAUAACAUUGGCGAGGCGGUGACCUUCACCAGACAGUACCUUCUGAUCCCCUCGGCUGGACGUAGACCAAGGGUCCCUGGUGCUGUUGUCAUCAUCGCUGACAAAAGAUCUGCUGACAACCUCACUGUCGCAGCGAGCAGUCUCAGAGCUACAGGUGUUACAGUGUUAGCAAUGGGUAUCGACCAGGCGGAUAUUGAGGAGCUCCGUCGCGCUGUGACAGAUGGCAGCACCCAGAACAUCUUGUAUGCCCGUGAUGCAGCUCAGCUGGACACACUACAUACUGAUCUGGCAGACUUGCUCUGUGGAAUUGCCAGAAUAUCAGAGGCAGUUCCAGGGACAGACCAGUGUACCAUUCAGUGCCCUCAGGGUGGGAAGGGAGAUCGUGGAGAGAAGGGUGAGAGAGGCAGAGAUGGUGCAGAUGGGCGCAAGGGAGAGCCUGGUCGUGAUGGCUUGCCUGGGAGGGACGGCCCUAGAGGCCCUGAAGGACGCCCAGGUCCACCAGGCCAAACUAUCCCCUUUGACCCUUCAGUGGGGGUGAAAGGAGAAAAGGGGGAAAGAGGUUUUCCUGGUAUUGAUGGAAAUCCAGGGUUGCCAGGACGAUCAGGUGCCCCUGGAAAUUCAGGGGUCCCGGGUUCACAGGGUCUACCUGGUAUCAGAGGAGACCCAGGUGAACCAGGUACGGCAGGGCCACAAGGGCCAAAGGGCAAUAAAGGUGAAAGGGGUGAACCAGGCUCAGCUGUAUCUGGAGGGGGUUUCCCAGGGAGAAAAGGAGAACCAGGCAUCCCAGGGAUACCGGGUACUUCAGGCCGGCCAGGCAGCAACGGGGCCAAAGGGGCCUCCGGAGUUCCAGGGUCACCAGGUCAGGAUGGUCUCCCAGGGAUUCCAGGAACAUCAGGAGUCUCCAUCAAGGGAGAGAAGGGCAGCCCAGGAGAGAGGGGACCUCCAGGAGUAGGCAGCGGGGUGGCCGUGAAGGGCGAGAAGGGCUCCCCAGGUACUCUGGGACCUCCAGGGGCUCAGGGUCCUAGAGGGCAAACAGGACCACAGGGCAGCAAAGGAGACAAGGGCGACGGUGGUGAUGGGCUGCCCGGACCUCCAGGCAGGCAAGGAGAACCUGGGGACAGGGGUGCCCGUGGGCCUCCAGGAGAGAUUGGCAGCAAGGGUGACCGAGGACAACCAGGUGAGCCCGGAUCACAGGGAGACAGGGGCGAGAGAGGACCGGUUGGUGAAACUGGGGAGAGAGGGGACCCAGGGAAGCCAGGCCUCUCAGGAACACCAGGGUUGAGAGGUUUACCAGGGCUCAGUGGACCGCCAGGAGAAAAGGGAAAUGAUGGAGCGCGAGGGGAGCCUGGCAGAAGUACUCCAGGUUUGCCAGGAAAGAAAGGGGAACAGGGGGAGCGCGGUCUGCCUGGUCCUGAGGGGCAGAGGGGAGAAAAAGGAGAAUCUGGACUGAGAGGAGAGAAAGGGUCUCCUGGGUCAGGAGGGUCAGGUGUCGUCGGAGCUAAAGGAGAGCCUGGAGAGCGAGGACUUUCUGGUAUCAGUGGAAGGCCGGGUGCCAAGGGAGACCCUGGUGAACCAGGAGACAGGGGGGAGAAUGGGCGCCCAGGAAUCCCAGGAAAGCCCGGACUUUCUGGGAAAGAGGGAGAGAAAGGAGAGAAGGGUGAUGAAGGCACUCCUGGGGAGUCUGGACUUCCGGGGAAGUCAGGAGAAAGAGGACUGAGGGGACUGGCUGGUCAGCCCGGACGACCAGGAGAGAAAGGAGACAUAGGCGACCCUGGAGAGCAUGGACGAAAUGGCAGCCCUGGACCUGCAGGCGUGAGAGGAGAGAAAGGAGAACAGGGACCUCAAGGGCCACCAGGACCACCAGGAAAAGUGACUGAAAUCCAAGGCCAGCUGAAAGGAGGGAGAGGAGAAAAGGGCGACACAGGAGAGCAUGGUAUCGGAGGUCAGAAAGGCGAAGCAGGGACUCCCGGAGCCCCAGGUCUACGAGGUCCUGAGGGACAACGGGGGCCUGCAGGUACAAGAGGUGACACAGGAGAAAGAGGAGCACCUGGAGAGAAGGGAGAAAGGGGUGUCUCCGGGUUAGAUGGACGUCCAGGUCUGGAUGGUAAACCAGGUGCUACUGGACCACUUGGACAGAGGGGGGAUCCUGGAAAACAGGGGGAUCCUGGGAGAGAUGGUUUACCAGGACUUAGAGGGCAACAGGGCCCCCCAGGGCCUGUUGGGCCUUCAGGCAUUCCUGGGACACCUGGUAAGUCAGGAGACGCUGGAAAACCUGGGCCUCCUGGAAAAAUGGGUGAGGAUGGAGUGCCAGGUGAAGAUGGCAGAAAGGGUGACAAAGGAGAAGCAGGAGCACCUGGAAGAGAUGGCCGUGAUGGGCAGAAAGGAGACCGCGGCCUUUCUGGGCCUGUAGGCCCCUCUGGUCCUCCGGGGCCACCUGGAGUACCUGGCGGCAUUGGUCCUCCUGGAAAGGUUGUGUAUAUAAAAGGAGUUGAAGCAACACCAAUCGCAGGCCCACAGGGGCCUCAAGGAACCCCUGGCGUCCCUGGGAUCCCAGGAGCUAUUGGAGCCAGAGGAGAGAGAGGUAUUCCUGGCCUUAAAGGUGAAGCUGGGGACCCAGGAGAGGACGGGGCGCCGGGCAAACCUGGGACAGCAAUGGAUGUACGGACGGGUCUGGCCACUCUUGGUAUUAAGGUGUCUGAUCUGAAGGUCAUUGUGGACAGGAAGGACAUACCUCCUCCAGUGCAGAAGGGAGAAAGAGGUGAAAAAGGAGACAGGGGGGAGCCAGGACAGAGAGGACCAUCUGGUGUAGAUGGUGCUCGUGGUUUUGCAGGAGAGAGGGGAGCAAAAGGGGAACAAGGGGAGCGAGGACCCAUGGGAACAACAGGGCCUCCUGGAAGAGCCAUUUUAGAACCAGGGCCAAAGGGGCCCCCAGGACCUGCUGGAGAGCCAGGCAAGCCAGGAAUACCAGGUGUUCCUGGACGAGCUGGGGAACUGGGGGAGGCUGGUAGACCAGGAGAUAAGGGGGAGAGGGGAGAGAAAGGUGACAAAGGAGAAGCUGGAAAAAUCGGGCUAACAGGGCCAGCUGGCCCACCGGGUCAAAAGGGAGCAUCUGCUGAUAUGGUAAUGCCUGGUACGCCUGGGGCCAGGGGCCCUCCAGGGCUUGCAGGACAGAGGGGAGAGCCUGGUGCAGCAGGACCACCAGGACCCAAAGGAGACCGGGGUUUUUUGGGACCACAAGGUGAUAAAGGAGACAGAGGAGAGUCUGGAGAAAAAGGACGUGAUGGCUCGUCGGGAACACCAGGAGAACCAGGAAAACCUGGUCAGGAUGGGAAACCGGGCCUGCCUGGAUUCCCAGGAGUUCUAGGCAGACCGGGAAACCCAGGAGAGCCUGGCAUGAGGGGGCCAACUGGGCCCAUGGGUCCCAACGGGCUUCCAGGUCCAUCAGGUGUGAAGGGUAAUCAAGGAGAACCAGGUGUUGGUGUCCAGGGUCCUCCUGGUGCUCAGGGGAGCACAGGUCUGCCAGGACCACCAGGUCCUCCUGGAGCUGUAGGUCCACAGGGCCCUACUGGACUGCCAGGGCAGGUGGGAGAAUCAGGUAAGCCUGGAAUUCCGGGAAGAGAUGGGGUGCCUGGGAAAGAAGGAAUACCUGGAUUACCAGGAAAGCAGGGCAUUGCUGGACCUCCAGGCCAGACCGGCUUAAAAGGAGAGCAGGGAGACAGCGGUCCUCCAGGAAAGGCAAUGGCUGGACCUCCUGGACACAAAGGAGAAAAAGGUCUUCCUGGUCAAACACUGCCAGGCACGACUGGAGAAAGAGGUCUAUCUGGGGAAAAGGGUAACAGAGGGGACAAAGGUGCUUCUGGCAUCAAAGGAGAGAGAGGAGUGGCUGGUGAACCAGGAGACCCUGGAGAAGAUGGGGCACAGGGAUCUCCUGGACCAAAAGGAGAUAAGGGGGAGAAGGGCAUAGGAAUGGCAGGACCACCUGGUCGGGUCGGGCCUCAAGGUUUAAAAGGGGAUCCAGGCCUUCCUGGUCCAGCUGGUCCUCCAGGGCCACAGGGGAAGUCUGGCGAUAUCGGGCGACCUGGCCUGACAGGGGAAACUGGACAACCAGGACCUCCAGGACCGCAGGGGGAGAGGGUCGGUGGAGCUGCUGAUGGCACAAUACUGGUCUCCAAGGCUUUGCAGGCCGUGCAGGAAAUGCUGGCAUUCCUGGUCCUCUUGGACCUCCUGGAAAAGCAGGUUCUCCUGGUACUGACGGGAUCAAAGGGGACAAGGGGGAAGUUGGCGUUGGGGUCCCUGGUCUCAGAGGGGAGAGAGGAGAUCCAGGACCCAGAGGCGAGGAGGGUCGUGCUGGCUUGGAUGGGGAGAGAGGGCCAACAGGUCCCCCAGGGUUUCGUGGUGCUCGGGGGGAGAAGGGAGACAUCGGACUGCAAGGUGACAAAGGAGAGAAGGGGGACACUGUGCUGGUGGGAGGACCUCCUGGAGAAAAGGGAAACAAAGGAGAAACGGUUUCCAUUUCAGGGUGACAGAGGGCCCAAAGGAGUGCAGGGAGAAAAAGGGGUGAAGGGUCAAGAGGGACCUCCAGGGGAGCAGGGUCUGAGGGGAGAGCCGGGAGAAAGAGGAUCCACUGGAUUCCCAGGUGCCCGUGGCCCUGGUGGACAGAAGGGAGAAGCCGGUCAACCUGGAGUACCUGGCGAAUUGGGUUUAUCAGGAAAAGAUGGGCUGCCAGGGCGUAAGGGGGAGAAGGGAGAGAUUGGUAUCGUAGGAAUGAGAGGAAUCAAGGGUGACAGAGGAACCAAGGGGGCUUGUGGAGGUGACGGACCCAAAGGAGAGAAGGGGAAUGCUGGUAUUCACGGACGAUCAGGCCUACCCGGAAGAAAAGGGGAACAGGGGGAUGUCGGGCCUCCUGGUGCUCCUGGGAUCCCCGGAAAAGAAGGGCUAGUAGGCCCCAAGGGUGACCGUGGUUUUGACGGGGUUACUGGACCUAAAGGAUCUCAGGGAGAGAAAGGUGAAAGGGGUCCGCCUGGUGUACCCGGCCCUCCUGGUCCCAGAGGAGUGGACGGGGCCCACGGCCUAACUGGCCCUCAGGGACUGGCUGGUGCUAAAGGCCCUGAGGGGCUCCAGGGACAGAAGGGGGAGAGAGGGCCCAUUGGUCCCGCCAUGAUCGGUCCACGCGGUAUCCCUGGUAUCCCGGGUGAGAGAGGAGAGCAGGGAGAGAUGGGCCCAGAUGGAGCCAAGGGAGACAGAGGAGAGCCGGGCAUGACGGAGGAUGAGAUCAGAGAUUACAUUCACUCAGAGAUGAGUCAGCACUGUGCGUGUGGAGGUUCAGGCCCGAACACUCGGUCCCAGCCCACGGUCAGGGCUCGGCCUGCACCAGAGCAACAAGUGGUCCUGAAGGGUGAGGAGGGCCGUGAGCUGCAUGUAGUGAUGAACACCAACGACCCAGACUACGAGCACAUUUACUCAAUCGAGGCCUACGACGACCCCUUGGAUGAACUGCUCUACUUCACUCCUUCUGCCAAUCAGAGUGACGAUGAGGCUGUCAAAAAGGAAUCAGAGAAAACAGUCAAAGUUGAACCAAACAAAUCUCCUGACGUUCAGAAAACAGCAAGAGCUGGUGGUCAGAAAGCAGUCAAAACUGCACCUCUGAAAGCAGUCAAUUCCAGAUUAGUCAGGCCCAAGAGGAGAGUCCAAGGGGAAGCUCCAGCUGACCUGUGCCAGCUGCCCAUGGAGGAGGGGAGCUGCGGUCGAUACACUCUGCGCUGGUACUUUAACAGUCAGGCUCAGGCCUGCAGGCCCUUCAUCUACAGCGGCUGUGAAGGAAACAACAACCGCUUCAUCCACCUGGAGGAGUGUGAGGAGGUCUGCCUUGGGGUGGCCGAAGGUCCUCGUCCCUCGAAGACAGGACGAUGAUGAUUGUGGCCAACUCUUCCUCAGCCACAGGGAUGGUAGCCUUUAUAUAGCUUUCAUAGAAAAUUAUUUUGUUUUGCUGACAUUUUUUUUUAUAUGAUGUCAAUCGUCAAGAUUUGUAUUUGUUUAUUUAUUGUUUCUUAAAACCCAACCAAACUUUACCCCAGGAUUCGGAGGGGAUACCGGAGUACCCACUUGGUUUAUGUUCUCAAACCCAGGCAAAAAGAUCUACAAAACAAUCAAGGCCUGUUUCUACCCCUUUGCUUCUUGUUGCCUUAAAAAUCAGUAAUAAAAUGGUGAUGAUUUGACUGACACAAAGCUGACACAAACUGCUAAUUAGAAUUCAGCUUAGUAUGACUCAGUUGUGUAGCUGCCUUUGAGAUCGUGAUCUUCAGUAGCUGUUGCCUGAAUUGUAAUGUGCCUAAGACUAAGGGGAAAAAAAUGACAACUAAACACAUGAAAGCUACAUUAGCAAAGAGGAAGGAAGUAAACACUCAGCAACACUGAAUUACAAGGGACAAUACACAAUGCAAGAACAUGUUGUUAAAUGACAGGGCAAACUGAAGCCUUUAUGAACUUACCAAACUGGUACUUAUUACAAGGAUGUUGUGUAAUAAGGUGUUAUUAAUUAUUUUUGCUCACUCUUUGUAGUAAAGUGGGCUGAGUUGUGGGUUCCGGAAGUAAUUUCCCCAUUGAAAAUGGCCAUUUUUAGGUUUUCUUCUAAUGAUAAUCUUACUGUAAUGUAAGGACGGGUGACAACUGUUUAGCUUAGUAUUGAAACGUUAUAAGAAAUCGUGUCUUUUCAGUCAGUUUGGUUGCCACGUGGAUCUAAAAACUGAAGUAUUUAGUAGCAACCUCAGCAGCCAGUCCUAUGAUGAGAGCUGAGAAGACAACAGCAACAGGUGCAAAUGAGAGCUUAAGACAAGAACAAAAAAGGCUCCAUACAUGAUGAAUUCAUCCAGAACUGACUCAGAUUCCAAACGUGAGUCGAUUUAAACUGCUAAAUGUAUUAACAGGUUUCUACAAAGUAAAAAACGUCAUUGACAGAACAACAACCUUACAUUUUACAUGUUCGUGCACAGUGCAGAGAGUAUAUAUAUCUAGAUAAAUAAAGUGGGAAUAAAAUUUUAUGAACCCUUGGGAAUUAUCUAGUUUUUUGUGUUAAGUGUGUAUGAAAUGUGAUCUGAUCUUCAUCCAAGUCACAAGUACAGACAAACACAAUGUGCUUAAGCUAAUAACACACAAAUAAUUAUAAUC